AUGGUCCGCCGCAAGGCUUACAUGGGGACGACAYUCGAGAAGGAGAAGGCGGCGCAAAUGUCGGAGGAGAAGCCGAAGCUCAAAAAGGAGCAGACGAAGGAGAAGAAGAAGGAGAGAAAGAAGCAAAAGGCGGAGGCGGAUCGUGAAGCUGCCAACAUCCACAUUGUCGAGGUGAUCCAAGAGAAGUAUGGCCAGACCAAUGUCACGCUUGCUGCAUGGCAAGGUCUGUGCCGUGAUGUCGGUGAGCCAGAGGGCGAUUCAAUCACCCAGUGCAAGAAGGGCGUCCAUGUCAAUAUUGUUGAUUUCGUCAGGGUUCUCGACUCUCCGGAGAACACUCGCACAAACGUGCAUCGAUUCCCAAGCCAGCGGAAGCUCAGAGACUACAGCAAGCGUACUCACAAGUUCUUCCCGCUGGAAAAGGCCAAGGGCAGUGUGGUCUUGUCAGCUUUGCUGAUCAAGAUGUACUGA